GAGCUGAGAGGCUGACAUGGAAAUAGUGAAGUGAUCGGAGCAAGCUUGUUGACGCAUAAUCCCGCCCGCCCCGCUGGCACUGGGAGGGGGCAAAUCUAGCCAGCCUAAACUCAAAUCCUCCACAAGAGAUUUACGGAGUGCGCUGCUGCUGCUGCUGCUUCAAGAAGACAUUUCUUUCAUUAUUUUUUUUACAGGCGCGUUAAUGAGCACACAUAAUAAUCUUUGGAGACGCAUAUGAGGAGCUAACGCGAUAUCAUAAUUACGGUAUUUAAAACCACUGUUGGAAUCGGCACUGUCACUGCGUCGCGGACGGUUGGAUGCGCCCUGAGGUGUGGACAGGACCUGCCCGUACAUCACCAACACCACCAUCGUCAUCCGCAGGUAUUUGAUCGUGAUUGUGUUGAUUACACCGGAGAUCUGGAGCCAUGACAGGCCCCCCGCUGGUCCCACAGCCCGCCUGCUGACUGUACCGGGGCAGGAUGGGAGCAGGUCUGCCGCUUUCAGGAUCCCGAACCAGCCGAUUUAUCAAUGGAGGAGGAGAGUGACACCCGGAAAAUCAACAACAGCUUCCUUCGCGACCACAACUAUGCAACCGAAGCUGACAUUAUCUCAACGGUUGAGUUUAACUCAUCGGGGGAGCUGUUGGCCACCGGGGAUAAAGGAGGCAGAGUGGUUGUCUUCCAGAGGGAGCAGGAGAGUAAGAGUCAGCCCCAGCGCAGAGGGGAGUACAAUGUUUACAGCACAUUCCAGAGCCAUGAGCCAGAGUUUGACUACCUGAAGAGUUUGGAGAUUGAGGAGAAGAUCAACAAGAUCAAAUGGCUUCCUCAGCAGAACGCCGCCUACUUCCUGCUCUCCACCAACGACAAGACGGUGAAGCUGUGGAAAAUCAGCGAGAGAGACAAGCGUCCAGAGGGCUACAACCUAAAGGAUGAAGAUGGACGGAUCAGAGACCCGUCGACCAUCACCACACUACGGGUGCCGGUGCUGCAGCCUAUGGACUUGAUGGUUGAGGCUACAGCCAGGCGUGUAUUCAGCAAUGCACACACCUACCACAUCAACUCCAUCUCUGUCAACUCCGACCUUCAGACGUACAUCUCCACUGACGACCUCAGGGUGAACCUGUGGAACUUGGAGAUCACCGAUCGCAGCUUCAACAUUGUGGACAUCAAGCCAGCCAACAUGGAGGAGCUGACGGAGGUGAUCACCUCAGCAGAGUUUCACCCCCAGCAGUGUAACACCUUCGCCUACAGCAGCAGCAAGGGAUCAAUACGCCUCUGUGACAUGAGAGAGGCCGCGCUCUGUGACAAACACUGCAAAUACUUUGAAGAGCCAGAGGAUCCCUCCACUCGCUCCUUUUUCUCUGAAAUCAUCUCAUCCAUCUCCGACGUCAAGUUCAGCCACAACGGGCGCUACCUGAUGACAAGGGACUACCUCACUGUCAAGGUGUGGGACCUUCAAAUGGAGAACAAACCACUGGAGACGUACCAGGUUCACGACUAUUUACGUGGCAAACUUUGUUCUCUGUAUGAGAAUGACUGCAUCUUUGACAAGUUUGAGUGUGUCUGGAAUGGAUCAGACAGCGUCAUCAUGACCGGCUCCUAUAACAACUUCUUCAGGAUGUUUGACCGGAACACUAAACGUGACGUCACACUGGAGGCGUCCAGAGAGAACAGCAAACCCAGAGCCAUUCUCAAACCUCGCAAGGUGUGUGUAGGUGGGAAGCGUCGGAAGGAUGAGAUCAGCGUAGACAGCCUGGACUUCAGCAAGAAGAUCCUUCACACUACGUGGCACCCACAUGAGAACAUCAUCGCUGUAGCGGCCACCAACAACCUCUACAUCUUUCAAGACAAGGUCAACUAAAGGGCAGUCUGCCCCUGAUGACCCCUGACCCCCACAGGGCUGCAGGGAGAGCUAGGGUUGGAGAAAGAGAGAGAGAUGAUGGAGCCCUUAUCUACAUCCUUCUCCACCUCUCCCUACGUCUUGUUGCUGCCGGUCUUGAAUUUUGCCGCCCUGCAGAAAAAGUGCAGUAUCCAGUGACUGAAUUUUGGAAGUGGACAGUGUGACAUUAGGGAAGUGGGAAGUUAAUACAACCUGGAUACAGCAUUUUGAGGAAAUCCUCAAAAUCAAGAAUGGACUUUCAUUCUUAAUUUGACUUCUAAUUUAAGUUAUUUAGCCAUGCGGACACCUGAAGAAGUGAAUCCUGUGCAACAAGAGGAUUGCUGCAUGAAUUACAUGAUGUAGCAGCCCUACGGACCCUGGAGAAAGGGCUUGGAUGUGGGUACACGGGACAUAAAUUAGAGCACACAAACACAAACCUAGCUUACAUGAUGGUGGCUCAUUGUCAUGUAGCAACAGUGCCCCCUCUCUUUCAAUCCGCUCAUGCUACAGUGCAUGUGAUCGACCCUUCAGCCUCUAACUGAGGCGACGUUUCGGACAGCGCCACCUGCUGCGGAAUCCCUACAAAAGAGGAAGAGACUGUUAACCUCUGACCCCGGAAACUGAGAGUUUUCUCUGCCUGUGACUCAACGUGGUCAGUCUUUCUAGUACCAAUUCUGUGUCUCCCUGGUGAGACUGCUGUAGUCUGUAAUGUGAAUGAAGCCCUAUCAGGCUGUGUCAAUGGUUUUAUUUAAUGCUGUUGUUUUAUUGAGUCCUUCGCUCGGUCAAUGAGUCUGUUUAGAAGCUGUGGUGCCUUCUUUUGGUAUGUGGGGGUUUGAUGUAGUGGGAGUGGGAGGGAGGGGGGGAGGGGACUGAGUACAAGGCAGGAGUGUGAAUGUUUCAAAUGAAAUGUUAACUUAGGAAAUUCUUCUUAUGUUCUGUUUUUUUGUUGUUUUUUUUCUCUACAAAGAAACACAAAAAAAGCUCCACUGACAUCCCAAGUGGAGAAAAGUGCUUGAAGCGAUGUAGUCAUGAUUACAUUUUUAGCACCGGCUACAUGCUUGUGAGUUCAGGGGAGGACGCUGUGAUAUGUACAAAGUAAUUGUUGCUCUUAUCACAUUGCAGUCAGUCUGAUGUCAUCAGUUUGCAAGAGACACGACAAAGCCACAUUCAGUUUUGUUCUGCAAAAUCACAGUCGGAAAAAAAAGCCCUCCAAAAAACACAUUUUUACCUUAUUUGGAUUGUACUGAAAAUGAUCUGUAGAUGGUAGAACUGUAAACUUUUCACGUCCAAUUAUUGAACUUGAGAUUUCUUGGCGUAACAUAAUGCUAGCAUAGCUGUUUUUGCAUGCGUUGGAUCUGAUUCUGAUGAAACUGACAGCCCGCCUAUAGAUAUUUGAACAUCUACAGAUCAUCGGAGGCACUAUGCAAGUAAAAUAUUGGCUUUCUCCAGAAGUGGCCCAUUUAAAAAAGGUUUCAUUUAAGAUUGCUGCGAUGCCUGUUUAUGUUCCUCUUCUUGUGGGUGAUGUGGAACAGCAGGUUUCUAUUAGAUAUCCUUAUUUGUCUCAGAUUUGUUUUUAAAGAGCAAACUACUACAAAGAAAAGCAGUCAAAGGUCUAAAUGAACUCUGUGAAAUCAGGGAAUUAUUAAGUGUGGUUCCUUUAAACAGUAAUGUCUUCUAAACAACCUCCUUUGUGACACUUCUAAUUGAAACAAACAAAAAAAAUCUUUUAUAGCUCAGAAUGUAUUGAAAUGCAAUUAAUUACCAUGCAGUCUUUAUGCUUACUGGACUUUCUUUGAAUAAAAAAGAAUAAAGAUGUGCAAGUUGAAAGCCUGUGUUGUUGGACUUCCUCUGUUAAUGCUACUAAAUAAACUGAAUGUAAAGCAAA